AUCAAUCAACAUCCAACGGCUUGAGAGAAAAUUACGAUGACCUUUUCAUCCUCCAAAUCCCCUAUAUAACUUUCUUGCUCUAUGAGCUUGUGCUAAGCUCGUGGCUGUCUCGCGCUAGGGUUUUAAUUCUCCCAUUUCAAGUUUCUAAAAGCUCAGAAUCGCAGAAGGAAAAAUGACGAAGAACUACCCAAAAGUUAGUGAAGAGUACCAGAAGGCCAUUGAUAAGGCCAAGAGGAAGCUCAGGGGUUUCAUCGCUGAGAAGGGCUGUGCUCCUCUCAUGCUCCGUAUCGCAUGGCACUCAGCUGGAACUUACGACGCGAACACCAAGACUGGAGGUCCAUUUGGAACCAUGAGGCACGCAGCGGAGCAGGCCCAUGCUGCUAACAAUGGGCUGGAUAUUGCUGUCAGACUCCUUGAGCCCAUCAAGCAGCAGUUCCCUAUCCUCUCCUAUGCUGACUUCUAUCAGCUUGCUGGUGUUGUUGCCGUUGAGAUCACUGGUGGGCCUGAGAUCCCAUUCCACCCUGGCAGAGAGGACAAGCCUGAACCACCUCCAGAAGGUCGUCUGCCUAAUGCUACUAAAGGUGCUGAUCACUUGAGGGAGGUCUUUGGCAAAACCAUGGGUCUCAGUGACAAGGAUAUCGUUGUUCUCUCUGGUGGCCACACCCUGGGAAGGUGCCACAAGGAGCGCUCUGGUUUUGACGGGCCCUGGACUGCUAACCCACUUAUCUUUGACAAUUCUUUCUUCACGGAGCUCUUGGCUGGACAGACGGAAGGCCUUCUACAAUUGCCAACUGACACGGUUCUUGUUACCGAUCCUGUCUUCCGCCCAUAUGUUGAAAAAUAUGCUGCUGAUGAAGAUGCAUUCUUUGCUGAUUAUGCUGAGGCCCAUGUGAAGCUCUCCGAGCUGGGGUUUGCUGAGGCUUAAGCCUUUGGAUGUAGAGGAUGGUGCUGACAACCUGCGCGCUUUUCAGUUUUUGUGUAUUUUUCAUUACUGGGAAAUUUGCAGUGGUUUGGUUGUUGAUGGAAUAGGUGUGGUCUUUGCUUCUUUAGUUGCGUGUGAUGAUGAUCGGAAGUUGGAUUAGAAUGUUCUGUGCUUGUCCUUUUAUGAUUAAAUAAUAGCAGUUCAUUAAACUGUGCAUGUAAUUCUGUUUCCCUCGUCACCCAUCUUCUGCAUCAUCGACUGUACGUUUUUGUAACCUCUAUGGUUGGUAAGUUACAUUUUCUAACGAA